AUGUCGAGCAUAAAUUACACAACUCGAACCGAGGGACAAACUAGAAUAAAUACUAUAUUAUGGACUGUUCCAAACUUCAUCAAUUUACUUGAAAAUAAAAGCACUCGAGAAUUUAGAACUGUUAAAACACAAGAUCAAAGUGUCGAUCUCACCGAUUCAAGAUUUCAGUUAAAAAUGCAAUUCUUGGGACGUGAUAAUGACAUAAUCGAAAUAUACUACCUUUCUCCAAACCCAGUAUUCUUAAAAUCUAUAUUAACAAUAUGCUUGAAACGUUUCGAAGAACGUUCCAUUGUUAUAAAGGAAUACCAUACAGUGCAAGCUAAUAAGUGGCAAUAUUUAGCCACACUGUUUAAAAGGGAUAUAGCAAGCUAUGAUGGCCGUGAAAUAUUUUUGCUGAGUGAUGGAAGUUUACGUUUAAAGUUUCAAUUUAUGGUUUCUAAUGAUAUAAAAGUUGACCGUACUAAUGUUCCUGAAGCCCAGCUAAGUAAUGAUUUUGAGAAUCUUCUUAAUAAUGGACUGUUUUCAGAUGUCACUAUGAAAUCGGCAGAAGGCAAUGAAUAUAAAGUCCACAAAGCUGUGCUUGCCAGCAGAAGUGUCGUUUUAAAAGCUCAUUUUGAGCACAAUACUACUGAAUGUUACACAAAUGUUGUGGAAUCACCAUUGGAAUCGGAGGUUUUAAGGGAAGUUCUAACAUUCAUAUAUAGUGAUAAAGCACCAAGGGUUGAUGAAAUUCCUGAGAAACUACUUGCUGCUGCUGAUUUCUAUCAACUAAGUAGACUUAAGAGUUUUUGUGAAGAAGCUUUACAUAAAAAGUUGACAGUUGAAAAUGCAAUUGAAACAUUGCAAUUGGCUGAUUUACAUUCCGCUAAAACCCUGAAACAGUUGACACUAGAAUUUAUCAAGGAUGGACAGGCUAAACUAAUAACAAAAACAGAAGGGUGGGCAAAAGUAAAAUCUGUUGACUUGAUUAAAGUUAUUUAUGAGUACAUAAUGGCAGAUGACUUUGAAGCUGAUAUAAAAUGA